AUGAUCAGGUUUAUCCUCGUUCAGAAUCGCCAAGGGAAGACAAGACUGUCAAAGUGGUAUGUUCCGUACGAUGACGAUGAGAAAGUCAGACUUCGCGGUGAAGUGCACCGGUUAGUUGCACCGCGCGACCAGAAAUAUCAGUCGAAUUUCGUUGAGUUCCGCAAUUACAAAGUGGUCUACCGGCGAUAUGCAGGUCUAUUCUUUUGCUUAUGCGUCGACGACAACGACAAUGAAUUGGCGUACCUUGAAGCCAUCCAUCUUUUCGUCGAAAUUCUAGAUACCUUUUUCGAUAAUGUGUGUGAACUGGACUUGGUUUUCAAUUUUUACAAGGUGUAUGCUAUCCUCGACGAAAUAUUCCUAGCCGGUGAAGUCGAAGAAACAAGCAAAGAUGUUGUUCUAUCACGACUGGAAGAAUUGGAGAAAUUGGAGUGA